ACCCGAGAGACACAGCAAAAGCGCACGAUAGCGAGCGGAUGACGCUUCACGGCCGGAGCGAGCGGACUUGACCUCCGUGCACGCGCGCGACCGGCACCGAAGCGGAGACUGCUGCUGCUGCUGCUGAUGACGACAACGACAAGCACCCGCAUCAAAUUUGGCGGCUUUGAGGUGCACCAGCAAGUUUUUGAUCCGACUCCACCACCGCGGCGCCCAUGACGGAGCAGUGAAGGCGCCAUCGUGACCCCCGGCGGCUGAGCGUCGCUCCCGGAGCAGCGUUCCCACGACGCUUCCUGCCCAUGGGCGGUCCGGCGUCUGAGGAGGAGGCGGCGGCGGCGGCGGGCCCCGAGCCGGCUCGCGGCAGAGCGCGCGCGUGGCGGCGCCGGCGGCGGGCGAGCCGCUUUGUGAAGAAGGACGGCCACUGCAACGUCCGCUACGUCAACGUGAGCGAGAAGGGUCAGCGUUACCUGGCCGACAUCUUCACCACCUGCGUGGACGUGCGCUGGCGCUGGAUGCUGCUCAUCUUCUGCUCAGCCUUCCUGCUCUCCUGGCUCUUCUUUGCUUGCGUCUUCUGGCUUCUGGCCAUCCUCCACGGCGACCUGGAGGUCCGCGGCGGCGGCGGCGGCCACGCGUGCGUCUCCAACGUCAGCACCUUCACGGCCGCCUUCCUGUUCUCGGUGGAGACGCAGACCACCAUCGGCUACGGCUCCCGCUACGUGACGGACGAGUGCCCGGCGGCCGUCUUGGCCGUGGUCUUCCAGAGCAUGGUGGGCUGCGUCAUCGACGCCUUUGUGGUCGGCGCCAUCAUGGCCAAGAUGGCCAAGCCCAAGAAGAGGAACGAGACCUUGGUGUUCAGCCACCACGCGGCUGUGGCCGUGAGGGACGACAAGCUGUGCCUGAUGUGGCGGGUGGGCAACCUGCGACGGAGUCACCUGGUGGAGGCUCACGUGCGGGCGCAGCUGCUGCGCUCCCGCACCACCGCCGAGGGCGAGCACAUCCCUCUGGAGCAGACGGACAUCGACGUGGGCUUCGACAGUGGCGUGGACCGCAUCUUCCUGCUGUCGCCCAUCACCGUGGUGCACGUGAUCGACGAGGACAGUCCUCUGUACGACGUGGGCGAGCGGGAGCUGCGCGCCUGCGACCUGGAGGUGGUGGUGAUCCUGGAGGGCAUGGUGGAGGCCACCGCCAUGACCACGCAGUUCCGCAGCUCCUACCUGGCCUCCGAGAUCUUGUGGGGCCAUCGCUUUGAGCCCGUGCUCUUCCCGGAGAACGACCGCUACCGGGUGGACUACUCGCGCUUCCACGCCACCUACGAGGUGCCCGGCACGCCGCGCUGCAGCGCCCGCCAGUUGGGGCGCGACAAGUACGCGGCGUCCGCCGCCGGUUCCUUCUGCUACGAGAAUGAGCUGGCGGCGGCCGAGGCUCGGGAGGACACGGACGAAGGCAACGGCGGCAGCGUGGGCCCCGACGCCCUCCAGGACGCCGAGCCCGACCCGCUCGGGCGAGAGUCGGAGCUGUGAAGUGCGCCAGGCGGCAAAUGUGACUGACUGAAUGAAUGAAGAUUGACGUUUCUUCUCUGGUUUGGCGAACGGUACAAAAACAAAGCUUUGCUGGCGCGUAUCACAGGUUAUUGGCCACCUUCCUAACGUUCAC